CCUAUCACUAGUUAAAGAGUGAUGACGUGGAAACUAUUUCCGAAUUAAUUUUUCAGUUGUCUUUCUCACCGUAUUCAAUCUCCACAUGUAGUUUGUUUGUGCGAAUCCUAAUUUGCGUGUUUUAGUUAAUUUUUCUUUUAAACGGAUCGGGCCGAGCGAACUCCGGCGGCGGAUUAUAUUCUCCGGCGAGAUCUGCGACGAUACGAUGUCGGAUGAGAAGUAUAACCGGAAGAAUCCGGCGGUGAAGAGGAUUUUGCAGGAGGUUAAGGAGAUGCAAGCAAACCCGUCUGAUGAUUUUAUGUCUCUUCCCCUUGAGGAGAACAUAUUCGAGUGGCAAUUCGCCAUAAGAGGACCUGGUGACACUGAAUUUGAAGGCGGGAUUUAUCAUGGGAGAAUCCAGCUGCCUGCAGAUUAUCCUUUCAAACCUCCAUCGUUCAUGUUAUUGACCCCAAACGGUCGUUUUGAAACCAAUACCAAGAUUUGCUUGAGCAUUUCGAAUUACCAUCCCGAGCAUUGGCAACCUUCAUGGAGUGUUCGGACUGCUUUGGUGGCUCUCAUUGCCUUCAUGCCUACAAGCCCUAACGGAGCAUUGGGCUCAGUGGAUUAUCCAAAAGAAGAGAGACGUACGCUUGCCAUUAAAUCGCGUGAGGCACCACCCAAGCAUGGCUCUCCUGAACGUCAAAAACUUAUUGAUGAGAUUCAUCACUACAUCCUUAGCAAAGCGACCGUUGUUCCAAAACCCACUCCACUGGAAUGUAACCAAGCAGCUUCCACUGAGUCAGAAGCUCAGUCCCAAGCCGCUCCACAGGAAGCCAUAACUGUAUCGGAGGAGCGGCCCAUCGCUACAACAGACUCCGUAUCUGAUGAUCAAAUCAUCGAAGAGGCACCUGAAGCAGUCAGUAUAGCAGCAAACGUGAGUACCACUGCGGGAGCGAUAGCAACCGUUGAGAUUGCAGCAAAAGCUUCUGGAAGUGGUGAGCAAACGAUGGUCAGAAGAGCGGCUCAGAAGCCAGUCGAUGACAGACUCUUCACGUGGGCUGCGGUUGGGCUAACAAUCGCAAUUGUGGUUCUUCUCCUAAAGAAGUUCAUUAGAUCAAGUGGUUAUGGUGCUGGGCUUAUGGAUGAGUCUUGAAACCAAACCAAAGUAGACGGGGAAAAAAGUCAAAGCUGAUCGAUGAAUGAAUGUGUGAAACGUUCUAUGCUGCUUUUGGUAAAAUGGGGUUUGGUCGUUUGAUAUAUAUGUUAUGAUUGUGAUUAAAGUGCAUAAAAUGGGGUAAAUAAUUAUGUGUGACAUUGUCUUGCAACUUAGUUGGUAGAUUCGACUAUAUAAAUUGUGACCAAGUUAACAACAAUAUUGUAUUUUGAAUCUGAAUUUAAUACAGCAAGCUUUUUUACUAGAACUUGAUAUAUGAUUUAUCCAAUUUUCUCA